AUGACAACAGAAGAAUUCUUAGACUGUAACAGCGGCCUGUACUGCAGGAACGGAGGUACAUGUAACACUGUAUCUGGAGGUCAGGGCUAUGAGUGCACAUGUCGGAGCGGAUGGAAAGGAACAAACUGUACAUUGAUUGAUUGUAAUAGCGGCAUAUACUGUAAAAACGGCGGCACUUGCAAGGCGACUGGUCAAGACUAUGAGUGCGCAUGCGUGACAGGCUGGACAGGGAAGAACUGUUCAUCAAUAGAUUGUAACAGCGGCGUGUAUUGUAAGAACGGCGGAACUUGCAAGACGUCAAACGGAUGUCUUGAUUAUGAGUGCACAUGUCCCAAAGGAUGGACUGGAAAAAACUGUAGCGUGAUAGAUUGUAACAGCGGCAUUUAUUGUCAGAACGGCGGCACUUGCAAGACUAUAAACGAAGGGAAUGACUAUGAGUGCACAUGUCCCAAGGGUUGGAAAGGAAGGAACUGUAGUUUAAUAGACUGCAGCAGUGGAUCGUAUUGUACCAACGGCGGCGUUUGUGUGGAAAACGGAACGGACUACACGUGUGUAUGCAAGAAUGGGUGGACAGGAAAGGACUGUGAACUUGUCGUCUGUACCUGGUCCGGACAUUGUAACGACCGUGGAACCUGUGUUCCAAAAUCAACCGAUACCGACUCACGGUGCCUAUACCACGUGACGUUUUAAGAUCUGUGUGGGGAGUAAACUAUCAACAAAAGCGCGACUCAGGUAUGGCUCAUUGCUCCGAAUGCGGAAAAAUGUUGAAGACCAGAGCUGAGUUAUUGCGCCACAAUAGGAGACACGCUAACUCUGGAAAACUGCUGUUGGAAAGCAUUUCAGAUGCCUACCAUCUUAGAAGCCACAGGGCCUCAACGCACGAAGGACCCAUAUAUUACGUGUGUGUACAGUGCGGCAGGAGCUUUGCGGACAAGUACAUACUCGCGGUUCACGAGAAAAGUGCAAAAACGAGAGAUUGGUGAAAUGAGACCAGUGUGGGUUGGCAGUUAGGAGUGAGAAUGACCUCAAAGAUAACGUCAAGACCCACAUGCCUGACAUGUGUUACAGGUGUGAGGAGUGUUUCAAAACGUUCAAACGCAAAACAAACCUUUCUCGAUACGUGAGGACUUCACAUAAAUCCGUGAAUACUGAUAAAAAUCAUAAAAGUUUACAGUUUGUCUGUGUAACUUUAUUAUCGUUAUUUUGUUCGUUGUUUUAUUUUUACUUUACUUUUCAAAAUAAUUCUAAAGUUAUCCGAAUUUGAUUAGUUUUGAUGCUCCGUUUAGUUCGUGUGUGUGUUUCUUGUGAAAUCAUUCUCAAAUAAUUGUGCAAUAAU